UCACGCUUCGUAACCGCUCGUCAGUUUCGGCGUGCCGCGCUUGCAAUGUGUUCGGACAAAGUUUAUUUUGAUCUUAAAUAAAUUUGUUUGUGAAAAUGGGGAAGCAAGUUUGGCCAAGCGGAUUUGCGGUUUGGCAUUUCUUCAGAAAUCCAACAUGGCAACUACUCCUGCUGUUGUGGUCAACAAGUGCAGUGAUGAUGAGCUGCAGUGGCGCUGAGAUCACAUGUCCCGAAGAGUGCACCUGUCGCAGUACGUUCGAUCCGGAGGCUGGCGCAGCCGUGCGAGUCUCCUGUACGCGCGGUCACAUGCGCCUCAUUCCUGUCGACUACAUUGACCGGAAUGCAAACGUCAUCAUAAUAGCUGCUCCACGCGACAAACCCAACGAGCUUACCAUCGGUCCCAUUUUUACGCAACCUACGCCAUUCGUCAACCUCAGAGAACUCCACAUCGUUAAUUCCAAUGUCCCAUCUAUAGGACAAUAUUCCUUUUGGGGCUUACAAAACCUGAGGCUAAUAAACCUGACCUAUAACAAUCUAACCAGUAUAGGUGCUGACAACUUCCGAGGACUCAUAAAUCUCACCGACUUGUAUCUCGAUCAUAAUAAUAUCGAACAAAUGCCCAGUGAGACAUUCAGGCAUUUAACGUCACUGAAAACAUUAACUUUAUCGAACAACGAAAUUACCAUAUUGGUGCCGAGACUGUUCCGCAUGUUAGCGAAACUCUUAAUCCUGGACCUGAGUCAUAAUCCGCUGGCUGAGCUGAACCCAGAAGUAUUUAAGGAUAUUCAACAUUUGCGGAUUUUCAAGUGUAGAGGUUGUUUACUGAGACGCAUUAAUACUCAGAUUUACCAUCUAGUAGCCAAUUUGGAAGAAUUGGAUUUAGGAGAUAAUCAAUUCAAAUAUCUCACCUCUGACGAAUUUAUAAGUUUAAAACGACUUAAAAAGUUGAAGUUGGACGGUAAUCAACUGUCUGUCAUCGUGGACAACAUGUUCGGACGGAACCGCGAGCUGCGCGUGCUGUCGCUGGCACACAACCGUCUCGCCCUGUUAGCGCCCGCCGCGCUCGCCAACCUCACCAACCUGACCCACCUUGACAUCAGCCACAACAAGAUUGAUCGUUUUCAUUUGCAAACCUUUGCUCCGGUUGUGGAUUGCUUAAAAACUAUAAAUUUCAGCGGAAAUAAUUUAGCUCUGAAUGAGAUAGCGAUUCUCUUACAAAUUUUACCUGAGAUCGAAGGUGUUGGUCUAGCGAAUCUAUCUCUCCCAGAGAUACCGCCGAAUUUCUUUAUUUAUAAUGAGAGGCUAAUUGCUCUCGACAUCUCAUGGAAUAAAUUAACUACUUUUCCAUUUAAGUUGUUAACAAAAACGAAACUUCUUCAAAGAUUCGAUAUAUCGCACAACAAGUUGCAAACUCUAGGUGAAAUGGAUUUGCAACGACUAGAAGCAAUUGCUCAAGUCAACUUGGUCAAAAAUACAUGGCACUGUGACCAGUGCUCAGCUGGAACGAUGCUAGUUUAUAUGACUACGACUGUGCUUAACUCUACUCUACGUCAGCUGAAAUGCUACUCCCCAUUACGUCUUCGGGGAGUGAGCUUCGCUGAGAUGUCAUUUGAUCGCCUCGACCCGUGUCCAAGUACUCACGAAGCGCAGAUGAGCGUGAUAGCUGGUCUCAUGCUGCUGUGUGUGGCCGUGCUGGCGGCAGUAGCGGGCGCGCUGUGCUGCACGCGCCGCCGCGCCGCCCACUACUACACCAACGAGGAGAAGCGGCGCGAGCACGAGCACGAGCACCCCGACGAGCUGCUGAGCCACACGGAGCUCGGCAGUGUGGCCACCAUCCACGCGCCCUAUCACCUGGUGCCUAAAGGCAGCUAGCGCCGUGCCCGCUCGCCUACUGCGCAGGCGUCCUGCCCGCAUCAUUGCUCUGUAGGCGCGACCAGAGUCCAGUUUGAAGUUCCCGUGCCGUUGACCACUAUUUCAUCCCAAAGAUACAAGUAUCCGACGCAUGGCUUCCCCGCGCCACCACCGAUGUUCGACACUAACGAUAUCUGAUACGAGUACGAGGACGACUUAGUAUAAAGCCAAAGACUUUUGAGUGUUUUCUAUUUAAGUAGGUGUGUCUAUAUUCCCUUCUAAACCUAUGACUUAUGUAAUUUGACUAGUUAGGCCUCGUCUAUGAAAUUACCAAAAAUAUUUUUCUACAAGUGAAAAUUUUAUGUAUACAUAAUGUUAAUAAACUUGCCUGAAACAGGUCUAGGCCAUAAGUAGCUUAUAAACAUUUUAGGUAUGUUAAACUAAAUCAUUGUAUGGAUCAUAGCUUUGUACAUUGCUUUUUGAUGAAGCUUUAGCCGAAUCUCUCACGUUACACAAACCGUACGCAAUAUUCACUUGACGUUACAUUACUGGUUAGAUGUGCUGAACUGGCGACUAGUGGCGACUGUCACAACUUGCAGUGAAUGCACAUAGGGUUUUUGUUAGAUAAUUAAUGUCCUCAUUUACUUAAAUUAUUUAUUAUAUAUAAUUAAUUAUUUGUAGAAAUACAAGAAAGGUCAAAGCUUAAAGUAUGUAUGUGUAUGUACAUAAAAGGACACUGUUUUAUAUUUUGCAAUUUUCAAUCAAAAAUGUUUUAUUCUAAAGUUACAAAAGCGAGUAUUGUUCAAUUAAAAAAAAAGUAAGAACAAGAGACUAGAUAUUCAGAGUAAGAGUUAAAAAUAAAACGGUUCUCUAAAAAAAGUUAUGAAUAGAAUAGCUUUCCUUUCAUAAACAGGGAAGUGAAGGUUCCCUCAUAUGCUAAUACUCGCCUUCAUCUUCGUUCCGGGAAUUUUUCGUCCUUUUUUGACCUAUCCACAUAAUACGCUUAGCGCUGGUAUUUCGUAAAGGAGGAAAAUCAUUUCAAAAUUCUGCAUCUGUUUAUAAAAAAAUGGAAGACAAACAUCUUUUUGUUCUGGCAAAGAAAAAUGACUUUUGAAUUGUGGACGAGACAAAAACACAAAACAAAUGCUCUUUUUGAAAAGGUUACCUUUUGUUAAGCGGGCAAAUAAGCAAUUCGGCUGUAACAUAAUUAUUUCAUUUGACGAUGACGAACAUAAAAAAUAUUCACAAUAUAAAACCUUCUCGAACACAGGACCGCAAUAAUUAUGAUAUCCUUCUUGUUACCCAUGUACAAUUACCCUUUCUAUAAAUAUACCUAGGAUAAUUAAAUUAUCGUAAAAUUUCCGAAUUCCAAAACAAUCGCCUACUUUCUAGUAACCUGCUUAUAAAAAUCAAUGCUCAUAAACGUAGUUAUUAAAUCUAUGUGAUGUUAAAAUUUAAUUGUAGGUAUAUAAGUAAUAAGUAUUUGUAAAAUAGUGGCAAAGUGCCAAAGAUAAUUUAUAAUCUAAAAUAUUUAUAAUUAUUAUUAAACACAUUAAUUUAAAAGGACAACGAUAGGUCGGCUGGUACCAGUCGGUAUCCAUUGUAGCCUUCAUUUAAUUACGAGCGCCAAAUUGUUGUGACGUAAUAAGCUUCAUUAUAAAAUAGAAUGUUACGGAUCACGCGCACAAAUAUGUACAUUACGUCACCAGCUCGAAUAGAGCACGAGGACUCCACGUAACUGCCCUUUGAAUGCAAUCAUUUUAAUUUAGUUAAAACUUUUAAAGAUACACUAAAGAUAUAUAGGAAUUUUGUCAUACGUUAAAUUGCAAUUUUGUUUGUACAUAUUUGGUUAACAAAAAACUACUUUCAAGUUUUAUCGUAGAUAAUAAUAUUGCCGCUGUAAAUACCUGCUACACAGUGAAGUAUUUAUAAGCAUACUUUUACAAUAAUUAUUAAGGUUACUAAUAGCCAAUAUACCUAUACAGGGCAGCCCUAGUAAGUGCAAAUAGGUACUGCUAACCAUACAUUAGGCUGCCGUGACAACACACUAUAAAAGAACAAGUAAUGGUUUAUCUGAAUAGAUAUUUAAACAUAACAGUCACGAAAAAGGUUUUACAAAUAAGGUUAUAAUUAUCAUUAGUAUAAACACAAUGCAGUAUUAUUAUUUAAAGGAGCACUUCGACAAGGUUUGUAUUUAAGUAUAAUAGUUACUCAAAAAUUAUCAUGUUGGAGCGUUAUGUGUGUUUCUGUAUAGAUUAUGUAAUAAAACAUACUCGUAUUAAUUAAGUCUUGUUUCCAUGUUGUUAGUGGUUUAUAACUUUUAGUAAUUAAGCCAAUUAUUAGGAAUAUAUUGCACAAAGUAUGACAUGGUAACUUGUACCCAAGUAUUAUUCGAAUAUUUUAUGUGUAUGGAUAAUGUGAAUACACAAAAAUUCACAAAUAUACACAAAAGAUAGGACUUGACCGGCGGAGACGUAUAAAUAAUUAGUCGACUCCAGAUGUAUUAUAUUAAAAAUAGAUUCGGUUCCAAUAUGGUAAGGUUUGAGUAUUUGUAAUCAUAUUUAAAUUUAAUUUAAGUUAAUUUCCAAUGUAGUGUUGUGCGUAGAUAUUAUAUUAUGUUAGUAGGUAUAUUUUAAUUACUUAGAUUUAAUUCGUUAUAUAAAUGUCCAAUAUGGUCAUUUUAUAAUUAUUUACAAUGCGGAUAUCUUAUGAUAUUUCUUUCGGUGGUACCGACUGAAAAUAAUUGUGUAGCUUAAGGUAUUUUUUCUUUUAUGUUCGUAGUUCUACAUUUUUAUGUAGUUCACCUUCAUUUUGUAGCAUUUCAGAUUUGUGUGAAUGAAUGUGAGGCUCAUUAAUAUAAUCACUCAAUCUCUUUCGGCCCAUUCGAUUGGUCAAUAAAUAGUUACAGAUUGCCAUUACAUGCAAUUCAGUAAUGAACUAAAUGUUCUCUCAACGAACCUUCUGAGAUAAAGUAAAAUAUCAUUUUUACAG